UGCUGUGCAUCAAAACUCCCUUCACCAUAAGAACAAUUUCUUAGUUCUAACUCUCCCACCUGUUUUAGACAACCUUGUUCCAAUCCCUUCUUUCCAACCAAAAGUUCUUUGUUGGGAUUGAUGUCUCGUCUGAGGCUAGGAAAGAAGCUCCAACCUGCUAAGAAGGCUUGGAAGAGCUUCUUCAACAAAGUGCAAUCAAAAGUCCAAAAACUCAACAUUCCCAAAGCCAUCAAAGCCACCUUCAAACGCCUCCUUGCCUCCUUGCACUCCCUUCAUCACCUCAUACCCUCAAGAGCUCGUCAUCGUCGCUCUCUCGCUUCGAAUAAUUACCAUGUUCAUAGCAAGAAGAACAUAUCUGUCAUAAGCAUAGAUGAUCUCUUUACUGAGCCUGCUUCUUCUUCUUCUUCUUCUUCUUCUGUGAUGAAUGUGCAUGCACAUGCACAUCAUGGGGAAACAAGCAGAAGCAAAGAGGUGAAAAAGGAUUUGGCAGAAGGGAGCAGUGAUAUGAACACUAUAGAGGAUGCAUGGAAGGCUUUGGUUGCUAAGUCACCUCAACUGCAGGUAGAUCAGAAGGCAGAGGAAUUCAUUUCCAAGUUUCGUCAAGAUAUGAGGCUUCAGAAAGAGAGGUCUUUGCUUGAAUUUCAGGAGAUGCUAGCCCGAGGUUCCUGAAAUUUAUUUUUGUUAUUCAUAGUGACCUAUGGAGCAUGGUUGUUUGGAUUUUUCUUUUGAGGUAGUCAGUUGAAGUGGAUUUUGCCAAAAACUGUGGCAGGAUAUAUAUCUAUUCUUUAGGCUUUUCCUAAGGGAUUAUUUUCCCUCUUUACAUUGUUUUUAUUCUUCAUUCUCAUGUAUGCAUAUCUCAUCAAGUGUGUAUUAACAUGUAUCUGAUAACAUGUAGAAAGCUCAAUGUAGUUGCAGGACCUUCUUUCAAGUGUCAAAAGAUAAGGCUUUCCUUUCCCGUGUUAUCUGUAGCUAAAAAGGCCUAAAAAUUAGGACUAAGUGUUUGCUAAAAGGGGUCUUACUUUUUUGGUGGGAAAUUGUUUUCUAAAUAGAAAGGGGAAUUAGCAAUAACAAUUGUAGCGUUGAGCAGAAUUGGUGAUUAUCAAUUAUGUAAUUUUCAUUUUGUAAAUUUCUUGAGUUAUGCCCAAGAAGAAAAUAUUAUUGAUUUCUUGGUCUUAAA